CUGCGCUCGCCCGGGAACCCGCGGCCAGAUGGCGGGAGGCGCGGGGACCCUUUGUGCGCCCCGAGCGCGCGCCUCCAAGCCGCGCGGUCGCCGGCACCGGAAGGGUUCACACUGCGUCUGAAAGGGGACAAUGGAGUCUGGAUGGAUCAACAUCGCCGAAACCGAGUUCAUUUGCGAUUCAGCCCCUUUCAGCGCGGUUGUCAUGCAAACUUCCUACUUUGAUCAGCAGAGGGUGGCGAGGGAGAAAGCCCGCAGAGGCCGGGCCGCGGCGCGUCCGCGGCGCCCUUGGCGGGUCCCCGCCCCCUUCCGGAAGGAGCCGCGGGGACGCCGCAUCCUGCACCUUGACCUGUCUAGACGGGCCCCGAGUUUUUGUCUCGGUUUCCAAGGGCGCGGGGCGCUCUUUGACCCCCGCGCGGGGCGGAGGUGGCGGCCGCGGGGUCCUCUGAAUCCUCGCCGGAUCCCGGAGGGAGCGGGGCGCGCGGCGACGGGCACCAGCUGUCCCCAGAGGCCGCGGCCGCGCCGGGGGCCGCCCUGCCCGCCCCUCUCCCCCCGCGCCCGCGGGCGUCAGCGCGGCGUCCGGGCACCCGCGCCCCGGGGCGCACCUCCGGGCUCCGCCGGGCUGGUCCGGGCUGCGACGGGCGCGCUGCUCGCCGCGCCUCCGUCCCUCCCCGGCCCCUCUCGUCCUGUCCAGGUCCCCCUGGCCCGCUCGGAGGCUUUCCUGGCCGACCUGUUGGAUGGCGUGUGCGAGCGCAUGAGCGAGUACAAGCUGGAAGAAGACCCGGUGACCAAGGAGAAGGCGUUUAAGAGAUUUGCCCCAAGGAAAGGAGACAAAAUAUACAAAGAAUUUAAAAAAUUCUAUUUCUAUUCUGAUGCUUACAGACCUUUGAAAUUCGCGUGCGAGGCCAUACUAGAGGAGCACGAAGACGAGAUACUCUCCCUUAUCGCCCAGGAGGCACAUCACCUCGCUGACAAGCUGUGCAGUGGAAAGGCAGAUCUCUGCAAAACCGCUGCUAAGCAGACCGAACUCUAGGGUGCCAGGCCCAUCAGGUGGUGAGGGGAGCCGCGGCGCACAAGGUCAACACCCACGUUCAUAUCUUCUUGUUUCUUCACGGGAAGAAAGUCUGCAUCUCUCAUUUAUACCAUGUCGUCUCAUGUAUGACAUUUUUUUUGGAAAAUCCGUUGUUUGGCAUCACAACAAACCCGGUUCUUCCUGGUUCUUUCUAUAGGGAGAUGAAGGAAGGCAUAAAACAAAUCACCUUUCUGGAUUUUGGUACAGACAGAGUUGGGAGUAAAGCAUUUAAUUUGAUAAUAAGAAAAAAGCGAAGCCAUCUCAUAAAUGAAAUAAGGAUCUGAUAAUGCAUAUUGUUUAUUUGGUGCACGUCUACAAGUAUCCCGUUCUCUUUGAUAAGAACUUGAUUUGAUUUCUUAAAUACUUGAUCGGUCAGGAAAUUAAGAAAAUAUAUUGCUACAAAUUCCAGAUUAUGUCUUCUUGGAUCUAUAUGGUGAUCAGUAAAAGAAACAAGCUUAUUUUAUAUCAGGAAUGAAAAUCAAAUUUCCAGCUUUAAACCCUAAGUUUAAAAACUUUUUAAUCUCUAAAAUGUAAUUGAAUACAUAAAAAAUAAUGAAUAUUUUUACAGCAAGCAGGACGGUGGUCUUUCUCAUGCGUACCUUCUGAAUUCAGAUGAUUCGGAAAGUCGAUUUAUGAUUACACUGUGCAUUCUUCAAAGAUGAUACCAAUGACCAUGUUUUGUUUUGCUGCAAACUCUAGCGUGUGUGUGUUUUAAAAGACUUUCGGCUAACAGUCAGCAUGUGUAUCUUCCUCCUAACUAACCUGUUAUUCUCCCGACUUGGGUGUUUUGGUAGGUGUGGAGGUGGAGAGGAGGGAAGAUCUUACGAGAAAUCACCCACUGAUCACACUUUAUGCAGGACCUAGUAAACAUAUUGCUCUUGGGUAUUUCACUGUCUCUGUUAAAUUUACAUUCCAUGGAAUCUGACUUUAAUUAUUUAAAAUGUCAGGAUGUGUUCCACACACUUCUUUUUAAAAGAAGAAAUGCUUGUUGUUGGCAGUGAGAAUUUUCCAGAUAGGAUAAGAUAAAUUCUGCCCUCAAAGAGCAAAAUCUCUCUUGUAAUGUGGUCCAUCAUUGCCUGGAAAACUCAGCUAAGGCUUCGGUGAGGAGGGAGUUCUGAAACUUAGGAACAUUUACCAAAACUAAGGGGAAGCAGUUUCCACUUUUUUCCUUCUUUCCCCUCACUUCUUACUGGAAGUCAGAAUUUUAAAUUCAUGUCACUUUUUUUCUUUGGGGAAACGGAAAGGCAUGUGAUGUUUGGACACAUCUGUGGCUGGUUAACAAGGACAGACCUUACGUAUUGGAGCCCAGGGAACCUGCACUGAUAGAAAAUGGAAAUGGGCUUCCAGAACAAUUAGCCCCAUCUUUCAGUCAGGUAGCAAAGUUGUGAUUUACAGCACGGUCCCUACAUCUUUACGUAAACCUGUCUAUUUAAGAUUAAUUCAGCAUUUCAGAUAGCUCCGAGUCACGAACACCUCCCAGACUUGGGCUUCCUUGGUAGGUGCACUGCCCACGAGCCUGAUUCCUUCAUGAAAGCAUGACCGUGGCCGUGGCGGGCAGGUGCGCCCAGAGCUGGCACAUCCGUGACCGUGCAAGUGUGACCUCAGGCUUCCCAGACUCUCACUGGUCAUUGUCACAAAGUCUCAGAUACAGACACAGCUAACAACCUAAGUGAACCUGAGGGCUCCGUCUUCCUUCCCCCGUGGAAGUUCUCGCGGGUGGUGAAACGCUUGCUUUGACUGGAGAGAACCACGCAUCUCGCCUCUAAUAGCGAUCCUUGAAGGUCUUGCCAAAUAUGGCUUUUCAGUUGUUUCUUAUCUCUGAGGAGAACUAGUCUUGUGUCUUCGAAGACUUUUGGUAGCUCCUGACUUACCUACUGGUUCUUUCCAGAAUUUUUUUCCCAGCUCAAACUUGUUAAGCUCAUGUAAAUACUGUGACUUGCUAAGUUACUGAUUAAAUAUACGUUUGCGGGAUAGACACGAUCACCACGUUUCUUACAGCUGCAGACACGCGGGUGUUUCCUGUAGGGCACAGUCAGGCUGUGGUGCUUUCACUAAUGAGCGAUAAUGAGACAGAGUAGUUGCUCGCUUUAGCGCUUUAGCGUCCCUCUGAGCCACAGUCCUGCCUUCUUAAUGACGCCUGUUGACCCAAACCAAAACAAAGCAAAAAGCCUGGGGGAAAAAAAAGAAAGCAACACCCAAACACCCAAAGUGUGGCACAAAAGUUUCUCAGAAUCAAUGAAAAGCAACUUAAUUCUGGGUCAGAAAGAUUCCUGGAGGAAAAAAAGUGGGGGGUGUGAUGUUCAUUAAAAUAAUGGGGAGAGCAGGCACGUUCGGGCAGUGGUUUCAAGUCGUGCUUUUAUGAGACAGGUUCUUUGGGUCUCCCUGGAAGGCUCUGGGAACCUGUUCUCAUAAAGAGAAACCAAAUUGGCUGCAAUGCACUGUUUAUAUUCUGUUACGUGGAUCACUACUUGCUAAGAAUAAGCCAAGACCAGUGAAUCCAUUUCACCGAGGAGUGGAAAGUGGAAUUGAGCCAAAGUCCCAAAUGGGAGAAAUCAAUACUUGAUUUACUAAGACAAGCCCUAAAAAACCAGAGUCAAUAGCUGGUUAUAUUUGUUCUGCCUACUUCUCGGCUUGGGUUGGUAUAUAUUCAUGUAUGUAAUGGCUUCAUGUAAAUAAAAAAAUUUUAAGCUAUCACUCUUAAAAUUCAGGUUAUAAUGGAAUCGGAGGAGAAGCCAUUCUUUGAUGUGAUGCUGUGGCCUGUUUGAAGAUUUGACACAAAUUUUGGAGCUAAUCUUAAAUCUCGAAGCCCACCCAAUAGUAUAUUAUGUAGUUUUAUACCAAAAUGUAAUUAGCAAUGAGAGUAAAUUGUCACAACACCUGUUAGACACAAGUGUACGUUUUGCUAUGAUUUUCUGCCUGUAACUUACUGCCCCUUCAUACAUUUCCUGAAAUUCUCAGAUUAGGUGCCUGGAUUUACAGCAAGGAACUGGAUAGAUCAAAGACCGAAGGAGAGAAAUGAAAUUGGAGUACGGAAUCAUGGACGUUCACUGCCCUUGUGUUACCUAGGAUAAGACGCAGCAGACGACCAUGUCCUGUCCCUUAGUACCCAAUGCCCCUGGCCCUGAACGUGUCUGAGGGGGAACAGCCCACUGGUUUUGUCCAUUUCCAGAACCUGCCCUUCUUGGAGAUGGUGAUUAAAUUUAAUGUACAGUGAGCUCAUUUGUCUGUAAGAAAUCUAGUGUGGCUUGUGAGGUGGGUCUGAACCAUCAGAAGUAGAGUUCUCCACCUUUCUGGGUGCUCGGAGGGCCCUGGAGACGGGCGGGAGCACGGAAACACAGAUGCGCGCAAGCAGACCCCCGUACAUGGAAAUGAGGUCUGGACCCCGGGAAGUCACGUGAAGCUGGGAUCGCUCCAAGGUGCACAUCUCAGAGGAAAACGUGUCUGGAAAUUUCUGUAAUUCCUUAAGGGGGAAAAAAAAAAUCAUUCCUGUGCUCCUUAAUCUUGAUUUUCAAGAAAGAAAAAAAUAUGCUAAAUUGUAACAGAUAUAUAGAAAAUAGUCUAUGUCACAAGAUAGUUACAAAACACAGUCCAUCUGUUAAGAAGUUCCUG